GUUUAUGAACGGCGAUCAAAACUUGGGCCAUUCUCUGAAACUGUAAACACGCCUUUAAAAAUUUGUGAAACAUCAGUUCGGUCAUUAGAACCUUCCCACCGGUUCCGCGAAACACGUCUCCUACCGCUCUAGCCUCUCGAUAUGCAUUACUAGCUAGGGAUUUACAGCCCUACACCACCGCGGGUAACUCCGGGUUUCAACGAGAGUGCCGCUUGCCACGCGGCCUGGGAUACGGAGGGCGUCUGGCUGGCGCACGGUAGCCCUAUGCCGCCGCGUCUGCUCAAUGUCAUCUCGAAGUCAACAGAGCGAGCGGUUACAGAGGAAGGAUUGACACCGGCCCAGGUCAAGCAGCGGAAGAAGCAACGCCGGAACCGGACCACCUUCAACACGGCCCAGCUGGACGCGCUGGAACGGAUCUUCGAGCGGACCCACUACCCGGACGCCUUCCUGCGAGAGGAGCUGGCCCGGAAAGUGGACCUGAGCGAGGCCAGGGUACAGGUGUGGUUCCAAAACCGCCGGGCAAAGUUCCGGCGCAACGAGCGCAGCCACCAGGCGGCCAAGGCAUCAGCCCGCCGUAACGCUGGCAACGUCAACGGCGUCAGUGUGGAGCAGCCGGUGGCCGCCCGGCCCUGCCCCGUCACCAACCCGGCCGACUUCGCCUCCUGGAAUCCCACCACCUACAGCCGGCUGGCGGGCACGGUCAGCAUGCCGCCCGGGCACGCCGGCGGUGUAGGCGGGCCGAUCAGCGUGGGGCUGGGGAUCGGACCAAGCCUGGCCAACCUCAGGCUGCGAGCGAGGGAAUACAGUAUGCAUCAAAUACCCCUCAUGUGAACACUGUUUUUUGGAGUAAUUCGUAUGAUUUCUACUGAAAUGUUUGGACAUUUUUGUAACUGUAUGCGAACGAGCAGCGACUAUAUACAGUUGUGCACCGUUGAAACUUGAGCUCUGGAGAAUAUAGAGUGCACAGUUUCAUCUGAGAAUGAGGCAUCAUUUUCGUUCCUGAGAUGAGUUCAUAAAGGUGAGACAAGAAGUACACAGACAAGAAGAAACCCUACAAAUUUCGCACAGAGGGAGUGUCUAGAAUUGAUGGCUCGGUGAGAUCGGGAACUCUGUCGACUACUCGCGGAUGUCAGCAUGAGACUGAACCCCCCCCCCAAAAAAAAGUAGCCCUUGACGCCACUUGAACCGGGUGCUUGAUGUCAUGGCAUUGUUUAUGGACAUUUUGAGGAAACUUCUACACUAUAAGGGGAACCUGAAUUUUAUAAAAAGGGUUUUCCUGUUAUCCCAGACGCAGACGUGGCCGAAGACAUUUUGAUUGACAGAUACUAUGGAUACAAUUUCAGCAGUGACAGUUUUCUUUUCAAAUGAAGAUGUACGUUCACUCGUCUUGUUACUUAACAGUUAUUGUAUAUUAGAUAGGCCUACUUUACUACCUUGCACAAUUUUACUUAAACGUGGACAGGCCUCUGUGUACAAAGUGACCAUUCGGCAGCGUCCAAAAGUUACGGCUGAGGCUAAAAAAAUAACAUCUGCGCCUACGGAAGCCACUGUCAAGCGGCUGCAACUACUUCCCGUAGACACGUGCACACUCCUAGCUGCAGCCAGCUGAACGGUGCAAUGCCAUGGACAUCACUUUUGGACCGUCUGGAGUUGCAUGGUUAAUAAUCUUUGGAACAAGGUUGCAUCAGCCAAAAUGUGUGUUUACCAAUAGAACUUACGGGAACGAGUAAGUCCAGAAGACAGAAAGUAGAUGUAUAAUGAAGUGUCCAAAUAACUUAGCUGUGGCCUGAAAUUACGCACGAGUUUAUGGAUGCAGCUGGGUAAUUUCAUGCCGCAGCCAAGGAAUUCGGACAUGCACUAAUUCCAACAGAAAAACGGCCUCCUAGUCCUGGGAAUGUUCAAAGGCAUGCUGAAACGGCAGAGGGCGCCGUUACUGUUACCCAAGCACGCCCUCUACAGUUCCUGUCAGCACCGCCUGGUAUAAAUACGGAUCAAACUAGAGGUUUUCACUAAUAAAUUCAUAAUCAUGCACGCAUGCGCACAAACGGCCUUGGCGGCAAGGUCCAUUGAAAAUGUGUACAGGGGUGCGAUUUUGAUCAUUUCCUCAGGUUUUCUGGCUUUGUUCAUUAAAUCCCAUCAAAUCGUUUUUGCUCUUAGUUUCUAAUCUAAGUAGGAUUUUUAAUGCUCUGUUAAAAGACUUUACAAUCGUAAUUUUCCUGUGCGCGAGAUUAAGCGGGAACAAUCCUGAAAUCUGGGAUUUACUAUAUCUGGAAAAGUAACCUUUUAUGGCCAUCCUGAGUUCUUGAGGGAAGCUCGACAUGAACGUUUCACCCCAACUUUUAAGCUGCACAAAACUUACAGUUACCCCAUGCAUGUAAGGUUCGAAAAACACUGGUUAAAAUCGCUUAUAGAACAGCCCACUUUAAUAUUGUUUUUUAGGCAUGUAUACUACUGCAGAAGCAAAGUGUGCGACUUAUUUUAGGGUUCGUACCUUUUUUCUGAAAAAAAAGUUGUAAAUAUCCAUGCUAAUAAGGAAUUUCGUAUUUGUGUUGAGAACUGACGUUUUUCUAUUUAAUUUAUGAAACAUUCUGUAAAAAGUAAGCUGUUUGAUAUUAAGUGGUUACACAAAGCUUUUUGCAUCUAUAAAAAUAUGAAAAGGCUUAAUUAUUGUAGUUGCUGAGAAAAAUGUGUGCAAAGAGGAAAGUUCUCCAAGUCAAUUUUUUCAAUUGCCACUUAAAACUGAUGUGUUCGAAAAACA